AGUUUCAAGUCCAAGAAGAUGCCAAAGACUAAGCACCAUCAUCAUAGACACCGCUCUCCAUCUACCUCUCCCUCCCGCUCUCCCUCUCCUUUACAUAAAAGAAAGCACAGAAAGAAGGAACAGGCCGAAAAAGAAAGAGCAGAAAAGAAGAAGCAAAAGGAAUUAAUGAAGGCCUUGGAGACUCCAGAGGAAAAGAGACUUCGCCGUAUUAAGAAGAAAGAAGAAAAGGAUAAACGGAAGCGAGCGGAAAUGGGCUGGGACCAAGAAAUGAUGGGGUACACUAAUGCCGACAAUCCUUUUGGUGACCAACACUUGCUGGAUACAUUUGUUUGGCACAAGAAAAGGGAGAAAGAGGCUGAGGAGACUAAAGUUUCAGCUGAGGAGCUAGAGAGACGAGAGAAGAGGAGGCAGGUUGAGAUGAAGACAGAAUUGGAGAAAGUGAAAAAGAGGCGAAUAGAAAGAGAAAAGGAGAGAGAAGCAAGGGAAGAAGAAAUGGCUCUUUUACAAAGAAUGAAAGAGGCAGACAUGUUCAAGGAAUGGGAGAACCAAGAAGAUGACUUUCAUUUGGAACAAGCCAAGUUGAGGUCUAAGGUCAGAAUUGAAGGAGGAAGAGCUAAACCCAUUGAUUUAUUGGCUAAGUACAUCAACACAACUGACGAUGACAUGGACAUUGAAAUGCAAGAGCCAUAUCACUUACUGAGGGGUCUUAAUAUAGUUGAUCUUGAGGAUUUACUUGAAGACAUGAAGGUGUACAUAGAAUUGGAAGGGGAUGUACAUACUGACUACUGGAAGGAUAUGUUGAUCAUAUGUGAAGACGAAAUAGCAAAAUUGAAGAAGUUGGAACUUUUAAGCAUCGGUUCUAAGAGUAUAGAGCAUCGGGAAGGAAUGCACUCUUCAGUAUCAACUGAUGUUGCUAAAAUAUUUAAAGGAAAAACUUACGGUGAACUGAUAGCCCUGGAAACGCAAAUAAGUGCAAAGAUUAACAGUCGUAAUCCUGGUGACGUCACGUGGUGGGAGACAGCACUCCAGCAGCUCAAAGCACACAUAGCCAGAACACGUCUCAGAGAUAAGCAUCAAGCUGCCUUGAGAAAGAAGCUAUUUCAACUAAAACAAGAACAAGCAGAGCAAUUUGGUAUCACUGAUACUCCAUUAUUCCCGUCCGCUGGGCCAGUCAAAGUUGAAACUGAGCAAGAGGAAGGAGAGAAAGCAAUGGAGGGAGGAGGAGGAGGAGAGAAUGAAGAAGAAACAGACUCAAAACAACUCAUUCCUGUUGAGUUGGGAGAGCCAGAACCUUCUUCACAAGAGGCUGAGAAAGAAGAGUCUGAUACUCUUAUAGCAGAGGAGGACUUGUUACAGCUCGCAUACGAUGAAUACGAGUCAUCGAAAUACAGUCCUAAACUUCUAAAGGCAGCGGACAUUAAGGAUGAGGUUGAACUCAUUGAUUACGAAGUUGAUGUGUCUAUAAGGGAAAGCGAGAGAAGGAGGAUCUUAUCGGGUGAUAAGAGUGUGACAGAGUAUGGUAAGAUAAACAUGUCACGGACUGUCUCUGAUGAUGGAUCAACCAAUGAAGAAUAUGAUUUUAAUUCUGAAAUAACUUUAGAUCCUCAGCAAUAUGUGUGGCAAGGUAAAUAUCGUCCUAGAAAGCCAAGGUUUUUCAACAGGGUCCACACUGGUUUUGAAUGGAAUAAGUACAACCAGACUCAUUAUGAUGUUGACAAUCCUCCACCUAAGAUAGUGCAAGGAUACAAAUUCAAUAUAUUUUAUCCUGAUCUUAUUAAUAAAUCACAGGCUCCGACAUACACAGUGACUCCAAUCAAAGAUAAUCCGGACUUUGCCGUUUUGCAAUUCCACGCUGGACCUCCUUACGAGGACAUUGCAUUCAAGAUAGUCAACAGAGAGUGGGAGUAUUCAUGGAAGUACGGCUUCACAUGUCAAUUCAACAACAACAUAUUGCAACUUUGGUUCCGAUUCAAGCGAUAUAGAUACAGGAGAUAAUUUAUUGAUACUAAUUGAAUAUUUUUCCAUGUCAUAAUAACCUGCAAA